CAACACUUGAGCAUCUGUCAAAAUGGCUGGUCCUCACGAGUACUCCUAUGGCAAUCAGCAGCAGCAACAGUACCCUCCUCAGCAACCGUACCCUAAUCAACAGCAGUAUCCUCCUCCGCAAUACAAUGCGCCGCCUCAAUAUGGAUACUACCCACCGUAUCAAGCCCAACCAGCUCCUUACCGCCGAACUCCACGCCAAAACUUCGCUGUCGUGACUGCGCGACAGCUGAAUAUCGCUAUUCCUGUUGUCAUUAUUAUCUUGAGUAUCUGGUGGUCUCUAAGAUCGCAGAUCUGUCCGAGCGAUGUACCCAUCGGUCAUGAAUGUUCGUGGAUGCUCUGGACGGCUUUGCCUGUAGGCAUUGCGUCUUUGCUUUGGGCGGUCGUGAUGAAUAUCUCUGCCCGUCGCGCCAAUCAUUCUAUGUCUUACGUCCCGGCAAUUGUCGACACCAUCGUGCAGCUCAUCCUUGCGCUCGGUGCAACGGCAUGCUUCGCUAUUCUCAUCUAUCACAUGGAGAACUAUUCUGUCUGGAAUCGAAGUCUGGAGGGCUCCAUGAUCGCUCUUCUAGUAAUACUAGCGUACGUAAACUCGUGUAACAGUCUGGCGAAAGUUUGCUAA